ACGCACCAGUGUGAAAGGUAUCCACUACGUCACACGACAUAAACCUGCCACAUACUCGCUUUAGCCAGCGGUUAGCAUCCCGUGGCCGACAAAAUGACAAAUUGAUUGUGUAACAGUGGAUAUCCUGUUUGAUUUAAAAUGAAUGUAAGCUGUAGAAAUAUUGUGGGGUGGAUGAAACAAGCUCUGCCCCUUUGCCCCUUCAUAACAAUGGCAAUAUAAUCAGAGACAAUCAUCAACAUGGGAAGGAUAAGUUUCUCAUGCCUUUUCCCAGCGUCAUGGCAUUUCAGUCUGUCAUCACAAGUUCUUCCACGGCUCAUGGUUCCUUCAUUCAGGCAGUGGAUACUUGUAGGUCUCAUUUGUGGUCUCAUAGGGCUACUGUACAUGCUGCUUGCAUCUGGAAAGGGUCCUGUUAUCUGGUUCACUAAAGAAAAUCACUUUCACAGGCAUUUGGCAAGGGUGACUGAUAUUGAUGCAACUGACACAAGCAACCCAAAUCUGAAUUAUGGUCUGGUGGUGGACUGUGGCAGCAGUGGCUCCAGAAUAUUUGUGUAUUGUUGGCCCAGACACAAUGGAAACCCCCACGAGCUGCUAGACAUUCGACAAAUGAGAGAUGAGCACCGAAAACUAGUGGUCAUGAAGAUAAAACCAGGCAUCUCCGAACUGGCCAAAACACCUGAAAAAGCUAGUGAUCACAUCAAGCCGCUGUUAAACUUUGCUGCCCAACACAUUCCUAAAAAUAAGCACAAAGAAACACCAUUAUACAUUUUGUGUACAGCUGGAAUGAGAAUACUUCCUGAAAGCCAACAAGAAGCCCUUCUUGAGGAUUUGCGAACAGAUAUUCCAGUAGACUUUAAUUUCCUUUUCUCUGAUUCCUAUGUAGAAGUCAUCUCUGGAAAACAAGAAGGUGUUUAUGCAUGGAUUGGCAUCAACUUUGUCUUGGGAAGGUUUAAUCAUGCACACAAUGAAGGGGAAGCUGUAGUUGAGGUAAACGUCCCGGGUGGUGACCAGCAGGAGGCGUUGGUGAGGAAAAGGACUGCUGGUGUCUUGGACAUGGGUGGUGUAUCCACACAAAUCGCAUAUGAAGUGCCCAAAACUGUAAGCUUUGCCUCUCCACAGCAGGAGGAAGUUGCCAAAAACCUACUGGCUGAAUUCAACUUGGGAUGUGAUGCACACCGCACAGAGCAUGUUUAUCGAGUUUAUGUCUCCACCUUCUUGGGUUUUGGUGGCAAUGCAGCUCGUCAAAGAUAUGAGGAGAACAUAAUCAGAAAUACUAUCUCCCGUAACAAGCUUUUAGGCGAGCAUUUUGGUGAAACAGUGGACUCUCCCUUUCUCGACCCUUGUCUACCCACUGACAUGGAGGAUACCAUUGGGUCCUCAACACAGAAGUUCUUUGUAAGAGGAACAGGGAACUUUGAUGAGUGCAGACAGCUCCUCCAGCCAUACCUAAACCGUACCAACGAGACUCAAACAUCUCUGAGUGGCAUCUAUCAGCCCACCAUCGACUUUAACAACAGCCAGUUUUAUGGCUUCUCAGAAUUCUACUAUUGUACAGAGGAUGUGCUGCGAAUGGGUGGCGAUUAUAAUGCUACCAAGUAUAUACAGGCUGCCAAGAAUUAUUGUGCCACACAGUGGAAAACGCUGAAAGAGCGCUUUGAUGCUGGUUUGUAUGCCUCACAUGCUGAUUUUCAUAGACUAAAAUAUCAGUGCUUUAAGUCUGCAUGGAUGUACGAGGUUUUGCACACAGGCUUCUCUUUUCCAAACAAUUAUCAAAACCUCAAGACUGCCCUUUUAGUUGAUGAUAAAGAAGUGCAAUGGACUUUAGGAGCAAUACUUUACCGAACGAGGUUUCUGCCUUUGAGGGAUAUCCAACAGGAAAGCCUUAAAGGAUUACACUCACACUGGCGACACAGUUUUUCUUUUGUCAACAACCACUACUUAUUUCUGGCAUGUUUCUUCAUUGUGUUGCUUUCGAUUAUACUGUACUUACUGCGACUUAGACGAAUACACCGGCGUACAGCUCAGCAUUGCAGCCCCUCUACCUCACUGUGGCUGGAAGCAGGCCUUGGAUCACCCACGCUGCCUAUUAACCUCUAAAUGUUGUAGAGCGUAAAGCUUGGACAGUUUGUUUUUUUUGUUUUUUGGUCUCGACUCUCAUCUGCUUGUUGGGCAAGCUUUUAAAAUCAACCUACCAUACGUGCUGGAUUGUGAUGUUUGAAAGAUUAUGGUCACAACUAAAGGAAAGUUGCUGACAUCUCUGGCAUAACUGAGCCAAUGUUUUAAGUUAUAAUACAUUAUUUCUGAAUCAUUUUAAAUUUGUGCCAUUAGACAGUGUGGCA